AUGUCCCCGAGGCUUCGGCCGAGAGGGUUCAUCCGAACCGGUGUAAUCAUUGUGUUUCUGCUUUCUUCGAAGCUGGAUGACGUGAGGGCUGUAUUUGGGUGGUUCCUUGGCAGACACCUCCAGACAGCAGUCAAGUCUAUCGACACCGCAAACGGAAACCCCCUCAACCCACAGGCUGUGAGGGCCACGCUCAUCGCGGCCCUCUCUCUGAUCGUCAAAUUGCAGAACCUACCCGAACUCGGACACCUCCACCAGGCUAUCGAGAGCCUGCGAGCGGAAACCAAAACAGCCAACGAGAACACCACCCGCGAAACGAGAACCAUAAAGAUCGCCCUGCAACAGAACACAGUUGAACUCAAGGAGAAUGCUAACACGACACGUGCGGCUAACGAAGCCGCGAAGGAGGCUUGGAAAACCAGCGAGCUGGCGGCUAAGGUCGUAAAGGACAUCAAAGCACUGGGACCGAUGAAUCAGGGGAGCACCGCACAGUCAUAUGCUAGCGUAGCCGCCCGAGGAGGACUCGCAGGAAGCAUGCAUAAUCCCCAUAACCAGAAAGCGUCUCAGACCCAGACUCUACGUGAGAUCAUCGUGAACAUUAGAGACCCCAUCACCAUCGCCAGCCUAAGAGCCAUGAACUCCCGUAGCCUUAAGGCGCACGUAGACCGCGCCAUCGAAGAAAGCAGUAACGAACAUAUUCGCAAGCUCGAGCCAGUGUCCGCCAAUCAGCUCAAGAGUGGCGACCUGAGCAUCGAAACAGCCACGACAAACGAUAUGGAGGCCCUCCGCCAAUUCGCCGAGGACUGGGAAAGUCGCAUUGGCAACGGAGCCGCGGUGCGGAUCCCAACUUACGGAGUACUAGCGCAUGGCAUACGGACUAGCUCAAUGGAUAUGGACCGCUUCAGCGAGAUCAGAGAUGACCUGCUGCAGGAUAACAAAGCAUUCAUCCCCACCGCAGAGAUCAAAUACAUUGGUUGGCUGACCCGAUCAGCUAGCAAGAAGACUGCAUCAACAAUUGUGGUGGAAUUUUCAAAGGCAGAAGACGCCAAUAAACUCAUUGAUGGGGGUCUCAUCUGGCAAGGCCAGGUAUUCCAAUGCGAACGAUAUGACAGAAAGUGCCGUCUGAGGCAAUGCUUCAAGUGCCACAUAUACGGCCACACAGGAACCCAGUGCAAGGCAACGACAACAUGCGGCUACUGCGCGCAAGAACACAUGACCCGAGACUGCCCCUCGAAAAGCGACACGGAAACGCCUAGGAAAUGCGCCGCAUGCCAUGGCGAACAUGAAGCCUGGAGCGGCAGAUGCCCUACUAGAAUACGCGAGAAGGCCAAGAUCAGGACCGCCUACAACCAGCGGCCAAGGUACCACCCGGAACAAGCGACCCCGUAG